AGAUUUUGUAAACUUUUCGAGGGCAGAAUUACUUUUUUUUUAGACAUUCCUGCAAGUACAAAUAUAUUCAUUGCUGUAAUCAUUUCUAAAUACUGUGUACACCAAUUCAUAAAGGUCACGUGGGCUUUUCGCAACCAAUCAGAAUGCACUCAUUGGCUUUCACGAAGCACGGGAAUGCUGCAGGAGAAAAAAAAAAAAAACAUUGUAGGCGGGGCGUAGGACGUGACGCCGAAAUUUGAUUCGUUGGAGUUCCCUGUGAUUGACCGUAGCCCCGCCUCCCAGUGUGUGUAGCAGGCGUGUGUGCGGGCUGAGUGGCGGAGGCAGGCUGACGCCAUGGCUGUGUUCCGCCGAGAUACCGAGCCGAAUUCCCGGACCUGUGGAUCUCUCUGUGGUUACAGCGCUUUUCUUUAAACCGAAUCGUGGACUUUUGGAGUUUCUUGUGGCCAAAUGUUUGCUUUGUGAGCCGUGUUUCCGGAUGUGUGUGAGUGAGAGAGAGAGAGUCAGGUGAACUGAGAGGCGGUUAGUAAACUUGUUGAGGACUCGGUGUAGCUCGCGCGCUAACUCACUGUGGAAGUGAGAAGAAGGAAAAACUGUUUCUUUUUUAUUUCAACAUGUUUUUGUGCUCCGGUUCUUCUGAACUGUGCAGGUAGGAGAUGAUUAGCACCUGUAUGUUUACUUCUUUGCUAAUGUUAGCUAGCUAGUCACUCAGCGGUGGCCUUUUCGACUCCGACUCUGGAAAAAGUUUUCUGUGUAACACCGGAAGUUAGUGGUGUAACAUCAUCUUGGAGCACUUUUCCAGGCUCAGGUUUAGGUGAAUGAGGAGGACAGUAUGCUAUGCUCGGGCGCAGACAGGACACACUAAAAGCCCGUAACAAGUAAGAAACUCGUGCACCGGGUGAUGAGCGCGUCCGCGUUGCAGCCACUGGAGAGGUAACGCGAACCUGUUUGCUUUCCUCCUCCGCCCGGAUCAUCAGCGCACCCACCUUAUGGUGCCACCGCAGGCGCCGAGUCAUGGAUGUUCCCCGGGCCGUUUUCCCGAACGGUGAUGGCCGACUAGAGGAGCACGGCUGGCCGGAGAGCUCCGCGUCCUCCUCCUCCUCCCCCACGAACGCGACGGCGAACACGCGCGCGCGCUCGCUCUGGACCGCGGCGUACGACUACGAGGCGAGCGGCGAGGACGAGCUCAGCCUGCGGCGCGGCGACGUGGUCGAGGUGCUCUCCAAAGACGCGGCGGUCUCGGGUGACGAAGGCUGGUGGACCGGCAAGCUCAACCACCGCGUGGGCAUUUUCCCCUCCAACUACGUCACCUACCAGACGCCCGCGGGCUCCUCGCCGUCCUCGUCCGAUCCUUUGCGCAUCCCGUUCGGCGCGCUCGUCCUCGAGGAGAUCAUCGGCGUCGGCGGCUUCGGCAAGGUCUACCGCGGCACAUGGCGCGAGCGGGUGGUGGCGGUAAAGGCGGCGCGCCAGGACCCAGACGAGGACAUCACCGCUACCGCCGAGAGCGUCAGGCAGGAGGCCAAGCUGUUCGCCAUGCUGCGCCACCCGAACAUCAUCCGGCUCGAGGGCGUGUGUCUGGAGGAGCCCAACCUGUGCCUGGUGAUGGAGUACGCGCAGGGAGGCACCCUGAACCGCGCGCUCACCGGCAGACGCAUCCCGCCGCACAUCCUGGUCAACUGGGCCGUGCAGAUAGCCAAAGGCAUGCAGUACCUCCACGAGGAGGCCGCCGUUCCCAUCAUCCACCGCGAUCUGAAGUCCAGCAACAUUUUACUACUUGAAAAAAUUGAGAACAACGACAUCGGUAGAAAGACACUGAAGAUCACUGACUUUGGCUUGGCUCGAGAGUGGCACAAGACUACUAAAAUGAGCGCUGCUGGCACAUACUCGUGGAUGGCUCCUGAAGUGAUCAAAUCCUCUCUGUUCUCCAAAGGCAGUGAUGUGUGGAGUUACGGGGUGCUUCUCUGGGAGCUGUUGACAGGAGAGGUACCUUACCGUGGAAUUGAUGGUUUGGCAGUUGCCUAUGGAGUGGCAGUCAACAAGUUAACCCUCCCCAUUCCAUCCACCUGCCCUGAGCCUUUUGCCAAGCUCAUGGAAGAAUGCUGGGAGCAGGAUCCCCACAUCCGCCCGAUGUUCACCACCAUCCUGGAGCAGUUGACAGCCAUAGAGGAGGCCGUGAUGGCCACCAUGCCGCAGGACUCCUUCCACUCCAUGCAGGAGGAUUGGAGGGUGGAGAUCCAGGAAAUGUUUGAUGAGCUACGGACUAAAGAGAAGGAGCUCCGUUCCCGUGAGGAGGAGCUGAUGCGAGCGGCGCUGCAACAGAAAUCCCUCGAGGAGGUACUAAAAAGGAGAGAGCAGCAACUGGCUGAGAGAGAGAUCAAUGUGCUGGAGCGUGAACUCAACAUCCUCAUCUUCCAGCUGAACAAGGACAAACCCAAUGUGAAAAAGAGGAAGGGCAAGUUUAAGCGCAGUCGCCUCAAGCUGAAGGAUGGCAACCGCAUCAGCUUGCCCUCAGAUUUUCAGCAUAAGAUCACAGUGCAGGCUUCGCCAUCGAUGGAGAAGAGGAGGAGCCUGAACAGCACCAGUUCUAGCCCUCCCAGCAGCCCCACACUCAUCCCCCGUCUGCGAGCCAUCCAGUUGGGCUGUUCCAGAGAUCCUACACACAAGAACAGUUUAUAUGUGUAUCACCAAGAUGUGGAUAUCACAAACGAGUGUAAACCUCAUACAGGGAGGAAAGUAACACUGGACGAGAGCAACAGGACAUGGGGCAGGAGCACCAUCUAUAAGCCUGAGGAGUUUGAGGAUGCAAAGAAGGGCAUUAAGAAGAAGGUUCGCACGUGGGGUCCGAGCUCCAUUCAGACCAAGGAGAGAGGAAACAGUGCUGAAAGGGUUCGCCCUCUCUCGGAUGGAAACAAUCCUUGGUCUACUACUCUGCUGAAAUCCCAGAAAUCUGUUCCAUUAGCUGCAUUGUUUGCUGAGCAGGGGAUGGCUAAAGACGAAACAAGCUCUCUCGAUGGUACAGAAAGCAAACCAAAGCAACUCAAGUUCCCCAAUCAGGUCUAUAUUGAUCUACCUCUGUGUAAGGACGAGCAGAGCGAGGGGCCUGGGGUCAGUAUAGGUUGUGGGACUGAGAGCCAGGAGGAGCCAACCACAUCCACCAGCUCAACCAGCACAACUCCGCAGCACACACCCACCAACAGUCUAAAGCGUGCAGGUGGGCUGCGGCGCACUGACACAGUGUUGUACGGUUGUGCCUCGCUUCUAGCCGCUGUGGCUCUCGGCCAAGACCUGCGAGAUGCCCACAAGGUCACACCCACUGAUGAGGUGGAGCCUCGAGAAGACAGGAAGAAGCGGGAAGGAAUUUUUCAGCGUGCCACACGUUUUCGGCGCAGUUCCAGCCCACGCAGGGACGACAGCCUGCUGGUCAUGUCCUCAAUCUCAGAAUGCACCUCGACCAAGUGUCUCCUUCACUUAGAAUCUGAGGCAUCUGAGCAUAGCUCUGUAACUAACACACCACUCAACGGCUCUGGAUUCCACAAUAUCAGCCAGAGCGACAAAAACGUGGGCAGAAGUGAUAAUCCGUGCCCACCGCUAGUACCACAGCAUGGCACCACCUCUGGGUCCCGGCUCAGGAGGAAGAAAUCCAGUCCUGCUGUCUGUCAGAAUGCUGGUACAAACUGUAUGAUGUCUAGCCCUGCUGGGGAGAGCUCUGGAGUAAUGUCCUCCCAGAAAAAAAACCCAGAGGGCAGCCAGGAAAAACAGACUCCCCCUGACUCAGUCUCCAGGCCCAGGCCAUUGUCUUUGAGAUCUAAACCUCACUGCUGGGGUCUUCUGAGGAGCAGAAACAAGAGCUACUCUCUAGGUCACUGCUCUGGAGAGAAGAGUGCGCAGAGCCUGGGCAUCGUGCUGGCCUCCGAGGUCAAAAUGGGCUGCUCUCUUUUAGACGUGGACACAGAGGGACAGAAAAGAGACUGCACCGUUCCCCUUUGCCGAAUUCAAAGCACACCAAGUCGUCCAUCUGUCUUCGAACUGGAAAAGGAGUUCUUUUCCUAAAAUGCGCUGCCUCUCCUCUCCUUCUCGAGCACAAACCAGCAUUCUGACUGAAAUCCAGUAAAUGGUGACAAAUGAUCCUUCUGUGUCGAGGAUUCGCAAAACAGUGGGGCAUUUUAGCCCAAGUGUUAAGCUGCUGGAGUUGUCAUGUACUUUUUAAAUUUUUUUUUAUUUAUAUUUUGUUUAUUUUGAUAAGUAAUUUAAUAUGAAAGGACGUACAAACAAAAUGAUCAGCAUUCCAUUUUUACUGAAGAAUGGCCAGUGCGUAGUAGCUGAAUGUUUUUGUUUUGUUU